CGCUUGGGUUGGGAUUAGGAUAAUACCGUUUAUCAUACAAUGGACCCUUUUACUCAGCGGAUGUUAGAGCGUGCUAGAGCAAGGAGAGAAAAAUUAGAUACUCAAUUAUCAAAUGCAGGACAUGAUGUAAAAACAAGACGUAGUCCUUUAAAGGAUGCAAAUGCUAUUUUGGCACAGGCUACAGUUACUAAGAGUAAAACACCAACCAAGUCUCCUGCUAAAGUAUCUGUAGAGAACACAUCUCCAGCAAAGUCUCCACGAAAAUCUAUGUCUAAAAGUGCUCCUAAUAAAAAUGAUGAAUACAUAAAUAAAGAGAAUGGAGAGAUUGGGAUCUGCAAUGUGAGGUCAAAGUUACAGAGGCUUGGCAAACUGUACUCUGAUGACAGUAGCAGAGAGUUGAGUUCCCCCAUUCACAGAACUGAAGAAAAGUUUUAUGCAGAAGAAGAAACCACUGAACAAAAACCAUUCAAGAAAGGAGCUAGACUUGAUAGAUUAGCAGCCCUUGCUUCAACAAUUAAUAACUGGGAGGAUGAUCUUUCACAUCCAACUUUGGUUAAAUCAGUAGAUAGCAAAGCAAAUAAAAUACAAGCAAAAUUAAAUGAACAAGUAAGAAAUGCAUCAGAACCACAACCAAGUACAAGUGGAUAUAAUAAAGCAAAUAGAAACAGUAAAGGAGCUACUUGUAAGGAAGAAGAACUAUGUUCUGCAAAGCAAUUAAAAUGGGAUAAGACCACAUUGGAAUCAUUGGAGGCUCAAGGCUUUAGUCGUACAAAAAGCAAUAGUCGCCUUGUAUAUGACUAUAAGGCUUGUUCUCAGGAAAAAGAAGCUGGUUCUUCGAGUUCACCGCAUAAACAUCUUCGGCAAAAUCAAGGAACCAUCACGACAAUUUAUGAAGAAAGACACGGUAGAAAAGCGGAAGGUUCUCCAAAAAAUAUCAAUAGCAAAAAUUCUAAUACUCCAGAAAAAGCAUCAAGAAAUGCUACAUCGAAUACAAAUGGCAGUCGAUUGACAUCUAGAUUUGGUUUUAAUGGCUCUCCUAAAAGUCCUUCCCAAUCUAGUCCAGGUUCAGUAUUAAGUAAAGCUUCGUUAUUUGAAUCCAAAAAUACAGAAGCAAAAGCAAAAGAUCCUAUCCAAAUGACACUUUCUGAGAGAAUGGCACUUUUUGAAAAGAACAAAGGAGAAGCACCGUUAUUACCUAAGGCACCCCUUACUAUGUCUAUACCACCAAAGAAAUUACAGGAGAAAGAUAAGACUAGUUCAUCGAACAGUGGAAAUCACGGGCGUGAACGGCCUAAAGCUGAUAUUCCUAGUAAUGCCGUUAAUGCUCAGCGAGAAAAAUUUGAACAAGGCUUAAAUAUGCAGGAACUAGAAAAUAAUAUUUUACGCAAUACUUAUUUGGAAAGGCAACGUGAAUUGGAUAUGUUGCGUUCACGUUUUAAUAGGAACAAGGAAAUGGCACAAGCAGCUGCAGGUUCAUGUAUUAGAACCAGCGAAAGUAGCGAAGGAAAAUCAAAUUCACCUAAAAAUUCUCCAGUUUGUCCAGUAAAACCAACACCCGCACCUGAUGUGGUUCCACCUCCUCCACCACCUCCACCGCAAUCACAUAUUUCUAAUGAGAAACUAACUAUGAAUCAAAAUAAAAAUUCACCAGUUAAAAGACAAGUUGUGGGAAGUCCACCGAAAACAACACAAGUGAAAAUAGUUUCUGAUGUUAAACGAAUUCGUGUUGCUCCACCUAAGCCUGGACGUCUUUAUCCUAAUCUUUCUGAUAUUGAAAAUACAACAGAAACAGAAACUGAUACGGAAUAUACUAUUAAUAGUACAGAGGCAGAAACGGCUACGUUGGAUGAGAAAACUGAUACUGAAACAGGCACAGAAGCUGAGUACUAUGUGCAGGAUGAUCGAACUGAGACCGAUAGUAACGAAGGAGAAGAGGAAGUAAAUACUAGUCUUGGUAGAAGUAUUUUACGUGCGGUAAAUGAACAAAAUUUUCUAAACAAAAAGAGAUCAAUUGAUCCAGAUCCAGAUAGUACAACUUCUGAUAUUUCAGUAUUGGAUGAAAUGGAUGAGUAUUUAGAUGAAUGUCUUGCCCUACAGGAAGCGCAAAAUGCAAAUUUGCAUACGGAAGAAGGGCCAACUCCGCCUAAAUUAAACAGAGGUGGUAAAAGUCCAUCAACAGCAUCAACAAGCUUCAAAUAUAGCGAAGGAUCAUCGUAUCGUUCGCCUAUAAAAAAAAUUUCUCCAGUAUCACCUAAAAUGGGAGAGCCUUACAUUUUAGACGGUGAUAAUUGUGUGCCAUUAUUGCAUAGUGUUAGCUUUUAUAGACGACAGCAAUCUCAAACUCCGAAAACACCAGUACGUAUAAUAUCGAGAACACAAGAACCAGUUGAUACUAUUCCUGAUGCAACGCAACUUGACGCUAAGAACGAAGCAAUAUUAGUACAAGAAAAAGUGAAACGAUUGCUUGAUGAAGUGUGCAAGCAACAGACAAUUAUUGGCCAAGCUAGUCAAGCAUUGAAUUUGUGUACUUCUACUGUGGAAUUCAAUGAUUCAAGGGAGCAAGUUGAAGGAGAAAGAUUAUUGCUUCUUGCUACUCAUAGGCGACAAGCUGCACUAAAUGAAGUACAACGAUUGAAAGUAGAAGGUACUUUGAAACCUGUUAGUCCUGGAUCACCAGAAGUACAAGAGAGUGGUUCGCUAACAGUUUCUGCUAUUACUUUACCUCUUAAACGGGAUUACUAUCGUAAUAUGGGCACAAGUACGUGUCUUCAUUUUGUUUGUUUAAUGCGACAUUUGGAAGAAAUAGUUGCUACUCCGGUAGUUGUAGCAGAACCUGGCGAUUCGUGUCUUCGAUUUCCAUCAACACUGAAACUAAACGAUCUAUACAAUGAUUUUAAAAUUACUGUUGAGAUAUACUCGCUACAGACACAGCCUGAAAUCUUGCCACAUGAAAUUAAAUAUCAUAUUAACAACGGUAGUGGUUGUAGUAAUAGUAAUAAUAAUUGCAAUAAAAAGCUGGUAAAUAAAACUCCAAAGAAAUUUUUAAAACAAGACAGUCGGUUAAUAAUGCCUAAUGUUCAAAGUCCAGCGGGACCAUCCGCUGUUAGAUCUCCAGCUUUCCAACUAUCUGGCUAUGUUAUUUUCAGUUUAAAAGAAAUACAUAGACAACAAUUUACAUUGAAUAAGGUACCAUCACAAUCUCCAUUGGAAGGCCGAUUGCAAAUGCACGUUUCGUGUGAACUUUCAGUAGCAGUCGAACAUAGAGGUUUUCUCACAAUGUUUGAAGAUGUUUCUGGAUUUGGCGCUUGGCAUCGUAGAUGGUGUUUGCUCAAAGGUUCUACACUGUCGUAUUGGAAAUAUCCUGAUGAUGAGCGAAAAAGGACUCCCAUUGGAAGCUUAGAUUUACAAGGUGUUAGUACAACAAAUGUAGGAUUAGUCUCUCGAGAUAUUUGUGCUCGUCCUAAUACCUUUUUACUUGAAACAAUUAGAGCUUCCGAAGCUGAAGAUACGGAGAGUUUGAUUAUGAUCAGAAACGGACCUACGACAACAGUUAGGCAUCUUUUGUCAGCUGAUACAAAGGAAGAUAGAUUAGAGUGGUGUUCAAAACUUAAUAAAACUUUGAACUUAAUACAUACUUGGGGUGGAACAUCAACAUUAUCGUAA